AUGUCCAGACUACGACACCGGCCAGCUGUUGAAGAGGAAGAUGCAUCUGCGUUGAAGCUUGGAAUUGGUGAGGUUCCUUCCGCGAUUUCGCGUCCAACGUUAUUUUCUCAACGCGAAGCCAAAAUGUCUGUUUUUGUGAUAUUAGAAUUUAACCAUGCUGGUUGCUUGCUCAUCUCCGAGGUGAGGUACCUGUUGGAGAAUCGCGAGCAAGAGCCUCCCGAUACUGCCGUCUACAACAAGACUUUGGAAUACGUCAAGACGUUUGCUAAAUUCAACACUACGGACUCGGCCAGUGCUGUUCGAGAGACACUCCGCCGAGAACCUAAUCUUACUCAGUUUGAGACCGCUCAAAUUGCCAACCUUUGUCCUGCGGAUGCUGAAGAAGCAAAGAGCAUCAUACCCAGUCUUGUCAAAAUUGACGACGACCGUCUCCAAGCCCUCCUGGACGAAAUCCAAACCAUGAGAAAGUUCCAAUCAUAA